GUAAAAAUGUUUAUGAAAUAUUUGUUAUGCAGCUGGCAUUUUUGGCUUUAAUGCUAUGGCUGCCUAUAGCUGGCGUAUCAUCAUACAAGCGCAAUUAUGAAGCUAAAUAUACCAAAGCAAAUGUACCUCUAUGGAAACAAAGGGCUUGCGAGAAGGCCCAAAAAUAUAAGGCCAAUUCUCAUUGUUGUGAUGAUAAGGGUGACGUUAAAUGUUUACCAGGUUGGCAGGGAGAUUUAUGUCAAGUACCCAUGUGUCGUAAAGGUUGUGAUCCCAUGAAUGGCUAUUGUCAACGUCCUGGUGAAUGUCGUUGCCGCAUUGGUUACACUGGAGAAUUGUGUGACAAAUGCAUUCCUUUGCCCGGAUGUCAACAUGGUGACUGCACAAAACCAUUUGAAUGCAUAUGCCGCCCUGGUUGGGAUGGACUCUUUUGUACGGAACCCACAUGUCGCCAGGGUUGCCACAAUACACGUGGCUACUGUGAGGCUCCUGGUGAGUGUCGUUGUCGUAUUGGCUGGGCUGGUCGUAAUUGCAGUGAUUGUUCUGUUCUGCCGGGAUGUCAGCAUGGCACUUGCAGUAAGCCUUUAGAGUGUCAAUGUUUACCUGGUUACACCGGUCUGCUGUGUCAGACACCGAUUUGUAAUGCAGAUUGCCACAAGCAACAUGGUUACUGCAAAAGACCAGGAGAGUGCAGGUGUAAAGUAGGCUGGACAGGUGCCAAUUGUGACAAAUGUUUCCCCUAUCCUGGAUGUGUUAAUGGAGACUGUGAAAAACCCUGGGAGUGUAACUGCAAACCGGGUUGGGGUGGAAUUUUAUGUGAUGAAAAAUUAACCUACUGCAAGGAUCAUCCCAAUAUCUGUGAAAAUGGCGGCAGAUGUCUCUCCCUGACCAAGGAAGACGGCAGUUAUCGUUGCCACUGUAAACAGGGUUAUUUGGGUAAAAAUUGUGAAAUUAUAGAUGAGUUCCUGUUGACCUCAACAGCGGCGCCACGCAUCACACCACCACCAUUAAUCACUUCAGAGGAGGAGGAUGAUGAGGAUACAAUUGAAUACUUAAAUGAUGAAAACGAGGUUCUUAGUAUUACGAAAGAAACGGAGAAGAACAAAGAUGUAAUAAAGUUAAAGAAAAAUGAGACAUUGGAGGGAACUAAGGGAGUAGCUGGAGUAAAUGUGACAGAUCAAAAGAAAGUGGAAAAUGUGAACCUAAAUAUGAGUCUCAGUGGUAAUCAGGGGAAUGGAACUGAAGUUAAUAUUACUAAUAAUAUGGAGAAAGUAGAGAUAAAACCGGACUUAUUAAGGAACAUGACUUUAGAUAAGAAAGUCGAUAACAAAACGGAGGAGUUUGUGACUUUACCCACAUUUAAUGAUAUUUCAGCAGCCGAUAUUAUAGGAACAGCAACAGCUUCUACACAACUGCCGCAACUAAAAGAAUCCAAGAAGAGUGCAACUAAAACCCCAACACCAGAUUCCAAUAUAAUGAUCAUAAAUAAACUAAAACAACUGCUACAAUAAAACCUAGUACCUCUGCGACUUCCACAAAAAUCAAAAUUUCUACCACAAGUUCUACCACUCUCUCACCCUUAAGUAAAUUAGAUAAUGAUAAACAUCUGCAUACUAUGCCCCUAAAAUCCACAGAAACGAAUCAAAAAACCGAAGAGGAAGGACGAUGAUGAAGAGUGUAACGAUGAUAAUGAUGACGAGUGUGAAUAUGAGGAUGAAGAUGAUGAGGAAGAUGAUGAUGAUGAUUAGGAUUUCUAUAGUCAAUAGUCAUAUAUAUGUAUUUAACA